GCGAGCACCCCAGUGAUGACAGUCCUUAACGUGGCUGAAUAAAGACAUCUUCUUGACUGCGUUUGAAAGAGGCAGCAGGGCACCGAGCCGAGGCUCCGUGGUGCUGAAAGGACAGCUCCUCCGCUCUCUGACAGCUGCAGACAUGUUCACCAGAAUGUUAAAGCUGAGACUGCUGAAUGCCGUAGCACCUGCGUACUUCUUCGUGGCCACAGCAGUGACGUUUAUUCUGCACUUCUGCCUCUUCGUCCCGACAAUCUUCCCCAAUGCGGACACGUCGCUGAGGAGCUCCACAGCCCUCCACACAGCUGUUUUCCUUUUCCUGAUGUUUAACGCUUUGGGAAAUUACAUGAUGACUAUCAAAUAUCCAGCCGAGAGUGCCAGCGAGACAGCGGUCCCGGUGUGUUCGCCACACUGCUCGGACAAAGUGGACGCUCACUACCUCCUGAACGGCCGUCACUUCUGCAAACUGUGCAGGAAGGUUAUUUUCAGGAGGGAUCACCACUGCUUUUUCACCGGAAACUGCAUCGGCAACAAGAACAUGCGCUACUUCAUCAUGUUCUGCAUCUACACGUCAUGCACGUGCAUGUACUCGCUGGUUCUAGGCGUGGCCUUCCUCACGGUGGAGUACUCCAUCUCCUUUGAGAACCCGCUGACCUUCCUGACCCUGCUGCCGCUCUCCACUGGUUACUUCUUCAUGGGCACGAUCUCAGGCCUGCAGCUGUUCCUGGUGCUGAUGCUCUAUGUGUGGCUGGGCAUCGGCCUGGUGUGUGCAGGCUUCUGCUGCCAGCAGGUGUUGCUGGUGGCCCGGGGACAGACCUGGUGUCAGAUGCAGCGAGGGGAGCUGGUGGAGAAUCGCAGCCCCUGGAGAGAAAACCUCAAGGAUGUUUUUGGCGCCCGGUGGAUCCUUGGCCUUAUUCUGCCUGUGCAAACAGUGGAGACGUACUCUGAAGACACAGACGCACUUAAGCAAGACUGACAGUUAACUAUUUGCUGGAGUAAGAGCCACUCUUAGGUCAAACAACGGGCCCCUCUUGUUGAAUUUAUUUUUGGCAUCUACUGUAGGUCAAAAUAAAUGUUUAAUCGGUACAGAUGCUUUAUGACGUCUGAAAUUUACAAUGUAGUAAGUUAGCUGAUAGCCUCGUCCCUCUUAAAGGCAGGAGCCAUGCUAGUAAUGUGAAAUAGGUGCUUAGUAUACAUGUUUAUUCAUAAAGAGCCAUUUGUAAAGGCAAUACUAGGAAAAAAAAGUUAUUCUGUACCUUCCUCCAAAGUCGAUCAUAAAUUUGACUAUACAGCACCCUCCACACAUACCUGUACCUCUGGUAAAGAUGUGUAAAAAGUAAAUUACGCUUUUAUUAAAAUAAUCUUAACAUGAAGAUUUUAGAAAAAUGCAACAUUCUGGAGUCCUGGGUCCCUUCCUAUGUUCUUCUGUUCCUGCUGACCCACGCAGGUGAGCUGUAGAGAAGACAACAGGCUGAGGACUCGGAUAGCCAUGGAAGAAGGCUGAUUUUGUGUUUGGUGGACCACUUCUGUGGCCAUUAUAUUAAAGAUGGAGCCCACCAGAAAGCUAUUUAGACCAUGCGUCCCAGCAAGGCUGCCAGAGCCUUUGUAAUAGAACUAAUACUUUCACCCAAUGGAAAGAAAAAGUGGAUUAAUAAUAUACAUUCUUGACCCUAAAAAUAUUUAAAAGUAAAACAAAGUGAUAUAUAUCUAUACUUUCAUUGUAUUGCAAUAAAAUUAUUUCUUUUAAAGGUCUCAUUUUUACACAUCUCUUUAGAGGCGUUCCAAUAAAUUAGGUGGUCGUUGUGUUUUACACCCAGCAGCUUUCCAGGCAUUGCUAUACUGUAGGUCUGCAUUAGGACAACCACGUGGCUCUGCAUGCAUGGUGUUCAGAAAAUAUCUUUCAAAACACAUCGGUCCUUAAUUCCUUAUUAUACUCUACGGUGUGCCUAGGAAACUUAGGACAGUCUUCACUGUUAAAGGGCUACGAGGUGAAGAGUUAAUCGGCAGCAUAGACAACCAGACGCCACAGUAUUGCUUGAGCCUGGUGACAUUUUCCACUCAAACUAAUGUGACUGAUUAGGUUGCAGUAAAGUGUAUCUUAAUGACAAAUGUUAGGGGGAAAUGGGAAUUAUCACAUCCAGGGUAUUAUUCACAAUGUGCCAUGCUUUAGGUGAAAACUUACUAUCUUCUUCCUCUGCUAAUGACAGGGCAGGCAGCAUUACAAGUAA